AUGGUAAUGGGUGCAGAUGUAACACACCCUGGUAGGGAUAGCUUAGAGCCCUCCAUUGCUGCUGUUGUUGGUUCUACCAACCGUUAUGGUAGUUGCUAUGCUGCAGAAUUUUCUGUCCAACCGGGUCGCCAAGAAAUCAUUUCUGACCUCCACAUCAUGGUAAAACAACUGUUGAUUAAAUUUUAUCAACACAACCGAUUGCUCCCGGAAAAUUUGAUAUUUUACCGUGAUGGGGUUAGUGAAGGCCAAUUCCCAGAUGUAGUUGCAAAGGAGAUCCCCCUGGUCCGCCAAGCAAUAAAUGCAAUGGGAGAAGAUGAAAGAUGUAAAUUAACAUACAUAAUCUGUGGAAAGAGGCACCACUUCAAAUUUGGGCCUACAACAAAGGAUAAAAACCACUGUGACAGCAAAGGGAACUUAUUGCCAGGUGUGGUCAUUGACACAUCAUGGUGGAAUCCUUGGAACUUCUCGAGCUUCCCAUUACACUGUCCUGGUGGAUGA